AUGGAUUCAGACAACGAUUCUGGCAAUUCCAAUGAUGGUCCAAUUCACCGUCGUCGUACUCAAGGUACACGUCCCCCACCAUCAAGCCAUCAAAACAAUUCUAUGCAUCGAAUAUCAGCUGGUUCAACAAAUGUUGAUCGAACUUAUCAUCCUACAAAAGAGGAUGCACCUUAUUCGGAUGAUGAUGAACUUGAUGAAGAUGAAGAUGACGACGAUGACGAUCAUCAACGUCGUCAUCAUCAACAGUCAAGUUACCGUGGACGUGGCAGGCCAUCGCAACAACAACAUCUAUUGGAUAGCUCAUAUGAUGAUGGGAAUGAUCAACAUGAUUUACCAAGAUAUACAGGACCAUUACGUGAACAAGACAGAUUUUUACCGAUUGCCAAUGUGGCAAAAAUCAUGAAGAAAGGUGUGCCUGAAAAAGGUAAAAUUGCCAAAGAUGCUAAAGAAACAAUUCAAGAAUGUGUUUCGGAAUUCAUUUCAUUUGUUACCAGUGAAGCAUCAGAUAGAUGUCUUCAAGAAAAACGUAAAACCAUCAAUGGUGAAGAUAUUAUUUUGGCUAUGUUAACACUCGGCUUCGACUCUUAUGUUGAACCACUACGAACAUUUUUAACUAAAGUACGUGAUGCAUCGAAGUACGAUCGCACAAUGACGAUGGGUGGUGAGUUAAGUGAUGAUUUACGUAUACAAGUCGCUCAAUCACAAGUUAAUCAAACAUCUGGACCCAUGGCACAAGCACAAGUUGCAACAACAGUUCAAGUUCAACCACAAGCCACAGCAGCUGCAGUUCCAUUAACUGGCCAAGCAAUCGCUGCCAAACCAGCUGGUGCAACAGCCAAUCCCAAUGGUCUUGAGCCAUAUGGACAUUCGGUGAGGGUGGUAACUUGUAUUCGAAAUGAUCAACCGGGUGAAAAUCCUAACUAUGUAUCAAAAUUCAUCUUGUUUGAAUUCGAUGGACGAGUCGUCUUUUACGAACUUCAUUCGUCAUUGAAAGGCAUUCCUGAUAGUCAACUUGAAAUAAAUAAUAAUGGUACUAAAAGCAAAACUUUUCUCAUGCCAUUCGCACAAACACAGCCAACAGCUAUCGAAAAACAGACAUGUCUUUGUCCGCACUGUGGUCAAUCAAAUAUCAUUGCUAUACGAUUCGCUUAUCAUUUAGCAAAAUGUCUCGGUGUUGGCCGAAGAUCAUCUCGACAAGCAAAACAUCGAAUUGUUGACCAAGUAACAACGAUCAGUGGUUUAUCAGAUGACAGUCGAUCAAACGGAGAUGAAUAUCAGAAUGGAGAAGUUGUGAACUAUCAUCCUCAAGAAGACGGAGGAUCAUGUACAGAUUCCACAUCAAGUUCAAGUAACAACCAUCGACGGAUGGUAAUCGAAGAUCAGGAAUAUACCGGAGAUUUUGACAAUGACGACGAAGACGAAGAUGACUGGAAACCCAAAAAGAAAAAACGACGAAAUCCUCCAAUAAAUUCCAAUAAAAAGAAAAAGAAAAAAGACGAUCUAAUUGUUCUAUCCGAGUCCAUACCGGAACUUGAUUUUGAUAACUGUAUCAUUCCUCUCGAUAAGCUUUGUCCACGAACUCGACAUGUUGUGAUACCUCUUGUCCCCCCGAACCCGUCAUCAAAUGGUGAAACUAUUUUUUUCGAAAGUGCUCCACUCAAUCUUCCACGUUCACCGCUCAAUCUAGUCGAAGAUGAACAAUCAUCAGCAACAUCUAUAAUUCUAUUUCAAGAAGAUAGUAAACGCUAG